UCCAUCGAUAUUGUUAUCAUCGAUUGUUCGAUUGUUGUUGUUGUUGUCGACUUUUUCUCCCCCUUUCCUUCGAAUUUGAUUUGCCGAUCAUCAAUUUUUUUUUCUUAAUUUCGAAAUUAUCGUCAAAAGAAAAUGGCCAAUACAUUUGCUGUGAUUGUUUCGGGACGUUUGGUUCAAACAGAUUUUCAACAAGUCGAAGCAAAUAAAUUCUUGAUUACAAUACCAAAUGCUGAUGAUAUUAAUCAUGUGGUUGUAUUCUUGACCGGUAUGGUACCAUUACCGGUUGAUAUGGCUGGUGCUGUAUUUUUUAGUUUUCCUGAUCCAUCAUCACCACCAUCAUGGAUUUAUUUGGGUUAUAUUUGUAAUGAAAAACCAUCGGCAAUAUUUAAGAUUAAUAAAUUAAAAAGAAUGACCACUGAUUCAUCAGCAUUAGUUGGACCAGUAGCCGGUGGUGGUGGUGGUAGUUUUGGUUAUAUACAACCAAUCAUAUCACAUGUAGCACAAAUCGGUAUAUCAAUUGAAUCAAAAAUAUCCGUUUCACAAAUGAUAGCUGAUCCAUCAAUAAUAACCGGUACAGAUACUGGUACAAAAUUUGAACAAUUUGCAACAAAAAUGGCUGAAAAUCUUUAUAAUUAUUGUUCAUCAUUUUCAAAUACUUUACAAUUUUUUCUAACAAAUUCCAAUGCCGGUGGUAUUAAUCCAAAUCAACAAUUAAUACCAUUAUCAACAAUUAAUGAUUGGUAUACGAAAUUCAUACGAAAUUUUAAACAAAAUCCAGAUUUUUGGAGAUAAUGAAAUUGAUUUUGAUUUUGUUCAAUCAAAAAUUUUUUAUUUUUUGAAAAUGAAAAAUAUUGAAAUUACAAUUGGAUACUUUUUAUUAUUAAUAACUUUCAUAAUGAUAAUGGUUGUGUGUGUGUGUGGUAUAAUUCAAUUAUCAGCUUCUUUACCGUGAUUU